AUGCAAUCUAUUCACAAUAACUUCGCAUAUAGAGAAAUUUCAGAGGGUCAACUUCAAAUUAAAGUGAUCCUUCAAAGCUUGAAUAUCUUUUUGCAAAAAUAUAUAAAGACCAUGUCAGAUUAUGAUUUACCAAAAUUAUUUUCAGAAAUCAAUGUUGAAGAAUUGCUGAAAAUACUUCUCAAAGAAUCAUCCUAUCAUAUUACUCCAGAAGAUCUCAUUAAAGCAAAUACAUUAAAUGAAGCUGAGCAUGUGGUAUUUGAUAAGAUACUGGGUCUUAUAAACUAA